CAAAGCUCUAUCCACAUCUUGGUAUCAAGCCCUCUCUUGCUUGCCGGAUUCCCCAGCCAUUCUGGUGCUGCCAUCUCACUCCCAGUCUUCCCCCGAGUUCGUUAAUUUAUUUGAUUAAGUGUGGAAAUUUUCUGGUAAUAAUGGAUCAUUCUGACGACGGUGGUGCGACACCUCUACUUGUUUGGCCUUAAUUUGGGUGAGCCCUUCUAAUUCUCCCUACAGGUUUCAUUGAGGAGCAGGAGGAGCAGGAGGAGGAACGCACCGAGGAAAAGAUCAUUAAUGAAGAAUACAAGACAUGGAAAAAGAACGCGCCCUUCCUCUAUGACAUGAUUCUGAGUACCGCAUUAGAAUGGCCAACUCUUACCACACAAUGGCUACCUGACAAGCAGGAGGUUCCAGACAAGCCUUAUUCCACCCAUCGCCUAUUGCUUGGGACGCAUACCUCGAGCGACGCCCAAAACUACUUACAAAUUGCCCACGUGCAGCUUCCCAAUCCCACUGCUCCCAACCCCGAUGACUAUGAUGAAGAACGUGGAGAGGUUGGAGGCUAUGGCGGCAACUCGAAGAAGGCGCCAAUGGAAAUCAAGUUCAACAUCGUGCAGAAAAUUGACCACAAGGGUGAAGUGAACAAAGCCCGAUAUCAACCUCAGAAUCCGAACAUCAUUGCAACCAUGUGCACGGAUGGGAGAGUGAUGAUUUGGGACCGAUCGAAACAUCCUAGUUUGCCCACAGGGACAGUGAACCCUCAAAUGGAACUUCUUGGCCAUACGCGUGAAGGGUUUGGACUUAGCUGGAGUCCGCACACUGCUGGUCACCUCGUUACUGGCAGUGAGGAUAAAACAGUUCGCCUUUGGGAUAUAACUACUUACUCGAAAGGCAACAAAGCCCUUAAGCCUGUGAAAACCUAUACUCAUCACUCUUCGAUCGUCAACGAUGUUCAGUACCAUCCGCUUCACCCAUCUCUUAUCGGUACUGUGUCCGAUGAUAUUACACUUCAAAUUAUCGACAUUCGCGAGCCAGACACCACUCGCGCUGCCGCUUCUUCCGAAGGGCAACACCGCGACGCUAUAAAUGCCAUUGCCUUCAAUCCGGCAGCGGAGACAGUCUUGGCUACCGGCUCAGCGGACAAGUCAAUCGGCCUAUGGGAUCUCCGUAACCUGAAGACCAGACUUCACGCGCUUGAAUCACACGCAGACUCCGUAACGUCACUGUCUUGGCAUCCUUUCGAAGAAUCUGUGCUUGCAAGCGCAAGCUAUGAUCGCAAGAUAAUAUUCUGGGACCUCAGCCGAGCCGGUGAGGAGCAAACCCCAGAGGAUGCCCAGGAUGGACCUCCGGAGCUGUACGUACUCCCUGGAUGUUUUUGGUCUUUUAUUUUCCUGCUGCCCCUCACCUUUUUUUUUGCUAACCCGAUUUCGUACAGUUUGUUCAUGCAUGGUGGCCAUACCAACCGGAUUUCCGAUUUCAGCUGGAACUUGAAUGAUCCGUGGGUACUUUGCUCAGCGGCGGAGGAUAACUUGUUACAGGUCUGGAAGGUCGCGGAUGCUAUUGUGGGUAAGGAUCUGGAGGAUGUACCAACUGAGGAACUGGAAGCAUGACAUCCUUCCUGCCGAGUAUGCAAGAAAGAGACACCGAGAAAUACAGCAAUUCGAUACCUCUACGAUUGUAUUACCUUGAAUUGUUCAGCCCUGGUAGGGAAAUAAAGCACUUAGGUGUAAGAUGGUGUAGCCUCCUUAACAUUCAAUUAAAUUGACCUGUUCAUUUCCCAAAGGUCAUGGUCAAUGCCGAGCGAAGGGAAAAGAGACUCAUCACCACACUGCUCUUAGUGCAGUUUUGGUAACUCAAGUGACUGUUAAGAUGUUUUGUGUGAAUGGAAAAAUCAUUCAAUGCAAUAGCUCAAUCAUCGGUCCGGACCCAAUUUCAACACACCACGUAAGUUCGCCCAUAUCGUACACGCCGACAAGCUCGUACCCAACAAUUUCGCCAGAAGGGCAUGGAAAUUCAGGGCCCUUAGCAGAAACCAGUUCCCAGUACGCUAUAUCGUGAUCAUUAACGACGAAUCUACCGACGAAGUCGUCACGAUUAUUGCUUCCUGACGGUUUAGAGCCUGACCCGGUAGUCGGCUGGAGCGAGGUGAACACAUCGACACGCUUCGGAGUAGUCGAGGCUUCGGUUUCGAAGAGAAACUUGCAUUUCCUUUGUGCCCAGUCACAUGGCACCUCGAAAGCCACCAAGGUUGUGAUCACAGUUUUGUCGCCCUCGAUAUUUUUGAUACAGCCAUGUUUCACACCGGCUUCUGUAAGCCCAGUGGAUACGUCAUAUAAGGACGUAGUAUUGGGGUAAAGGAUGUUUUGAGAGCCAUGGCAUGUUGGAGAAGCUGACGCUGCGAUGGUGCAGCUCGUGGUAAGGAGUGCCACGGCAUAGAAUGGGAACCUCAUAUUGACGAGUCCCUCAGGAAAGACUUGACUGUGUUAUUGGUGAUAAGUUGAAUGAGAAUCGCAGGUUGAAGGAUGAUAGUAAUAAGAGAAGAAACUUGUCCCAUCUCUUAGAUUGAGGGUAUUCCUCAUGCCUUGACAGACAGGAUACAACAUAACACUUAUACUUCUUCUUGGAAAACUGGAGACUAAAGGUAUCACCAGGGGUCUCCUUCCCCGGAAACAUGCUCACAUCCCAUCCUGUUUAUCAGUUUGUCAGAGGCAGGAAGGAAGCACACGCCAAUUGAUA